AUUCAAAGUUGGGUGCUUUGGUUUCAUUAUAAAUACUGCAAGGUUUUGUUCAAUUUGUCACACUGCCAAGAAUAUUGAAUCAAGAAAGGCAAAACCCCCCACAAAUUAUGACAAUGAAGUUUCCAAACUCUCUACUAGUGCUGCUCAUCCUCUCAAUCCUUUCAUCACUCUCAGUAUCAUGGGCAACUUCAGAGCCAGUUCCCAUUAAUGGCUUUCUCCAAUGCCUUCCAAAACAGUUUCAUUCUGGCCACCCAAUCUUUGAAGCCGUUUACACCCCUCAAAACACCUCUUUUCGAUCCAUUUUGAUGGCGCGCAUUAAAAACCGCAGAUUUUCAAGCCCUACAACUCCAAAACCUCUGGCCAUUGUAGCAGCCAAGCACGAAUCUCAUGUGCAGGCAACUAUUGUUUGUGCAAAACAACAUGGAUUGCAAAUUAGAAUCCGAAGUGGUGGCCAUGACUAUGAGGGUCUAUCGUACGUAUCGCAUGUCCCCUUUGUCGUUCUUGACAUGUUUCAUCUCCAAUCCGUUAAUGUUAGUGUCAAGGAUGAGAGCGCUUGGGUUGAGUCUGGAGCUACUCUUGGCAAAAUUUAUCAUAAAAUUGCUCAGAAAUCCAAGGUUCAUGGGUUUCCUGCUGGGGUUGGACCAACUGUUGGUGCUGGUGGCCACUUCAGUGGGGGAGGGUAUGGGAAUUUGAUGAGAAAAUAUGGCCUUAGCAUCGACAAUAUUGUCGAUGCUAAACUAGUUGAUGCAGAUGGUAGAAUCCUUGAUAGAAAGUCUAUGGGAGAAGACAUUUUCUGGGCCCUUAUAGGAGGUGGAGGAGGUAGCUUUGGGGUCGUUCUUUCAUGGAAACUCAAGCUUGUUCGAGUUCCAGAAAAAGUGACCGUGUUCAACGUUACAAGGACUUUAGAGCAAGGCGUUACAGAUGUCCUUUAUAAGUGGCAAUUUGUAGCACCCGUGCUCCCUAAAGACCUCUUCCUGAGAGCAAGGCCAGAAAUCGAGAAUAAUACUGAGGGCAAGAAGAUUGCAGAAGUAUCAUUCAUCGGUCAAUUUUUGGGACAAACUCACGAGCUUCUUCCAUUGAUGAACAAGAGAUUCCCCGAAUUGGGUUUACGACGAGAAGAUUGUCAUGAAGUGAGUUGGUUUGAAUCCGUUGUAUUCUGGGCUGAACUCCCACUUGGAACCCCAAGAUCUAUUUAUCUCAACCUGAAAAACAAACCAAUACCCUUCUUCAAAGCUAAGUCUGACUAUGUGAAGAAACCAAUUCCAAAAAAAGUUAUAGAAUACAUGUUUAAGGCGAUGCUUGAGAUAGGGAAUAUAUGGAUGGAAUGGAACCCUCAUGGUGGAAGAAUGAGUGAGAUUUCUUCAUCAGCAACUCCAUCCCCUCACAGAGCUGGAAACCUAUAUAUGAUUCAAUACUAUACGUCGUGGUUUCAAGACGAAGGGAUUGAGGCCACCAACAGUUACAUUCACCUAACAAGAAAGUUGCAUGAAAAGAUGACUCCGUUUGUGUCCAGGAACCCGAGAGAGGCCUUCCAAAACUAUAGGGAUCUCGACAUUGGCGCCAAUCUGUACAACCAAAGUAACCUUCUAACUGCUAGAGCUUACGGAAGCAAGUAUUUUGAAGGUAACUUCGAAAGAUUGGUGCGUGUGAAAACCAUGAUUGAUCCUCACAACUUUUUCAGGCAUGAACAAAGUAUCCCACCUAUUUAGAGAGAGAUUGGAAGGUUUAACAAUAAACAUGUAUGAAUCUGGCUAGUGAUCCUUGAUAAUGCUAUUGAUUUGAUGUAUUGGAAAGUAAAGAAUAGUCUACAAUAAGAAUAAGCCACCUCGAACUUUUUGAAUCUUA